GCGGCUGAACUCGGGUUUGUGACUCGCGCUGUCAGGCUUUCAGAGCGGAGCUCAUCAGGGAUAGAACACCCUCCCGUUACCGGCCGUAUGACCGUAUGUUUUGGUUCUAAAGUUCCAAACCUCUCUAUUUCUCUGAGACUGCGGUGUGCUUUGAGACAACGUGACUGGUGAGGUUUUUCCCCCUGUUGGAUAUCGGGAUUUUAACUGGAGCUCACCGACAGCGAGACGAGUGGAGUGGUUGGAUAACAGAUAACGGAUAUUACUGGGGAAACAGAGGCACGCAGAUGGAAUACCACGGGUUGGGGAGUUUACGGGAGUGAAGCGGAUGGACUCUCCUCUCAUCGGCUCUCUCCGGUUCAGUCAUGACUGACGGGGGGGAGAGAGAACCGGAGGAAGAGGAGGAGAGAGAACCAGAGGAAGAGGAUAAGGAAAGGGUGAGGGUCCCUUUACCGGGACAGAGGUCUGAGGGUCGGGGACAGACAGGUGAGGAAGAGGAGGAGAGAGAACCGGAGGAAGAGGAGAAGGAAAGGGUGAGGGUCCCUUUACCGGGACAGAGGUCUGAGGGUCGGGGACAGACAGGUGAGGAAGAGGAGGAGCUCCCGUACCCUUCUCUCUACCCCGUGGUUCUGUUUCGUCUCUCCCAGACCUCCCCACCUCGCUGCUGGUGCAUCAAGGCUGUCUGCCACCCGUGGUUUGAGCGUGUCUCCAUGCUGGCUAUUCUUCUGAACUGUGUGACGUUGGGAAUGUUCCAGCCCUGCGACGACGUUCACUGUCUCAACAACCGCUGCUCUUUCCUACAGGCUCUGGAUGAUGGUAUCUUUGUGUUCUUUGCGGUGGAGAUGCUGGUGAAGAUGGUGGCUCUGGGUGUUCUAGGUAGGUCAUGUUACCUUGGUGACACCUGGAACAGACUGGACUUCUUCAUCGUUAUCAUCGGGAUGUUGGAGUACUCUCUAGACGGACACAACGUCAGCCUAUCAGCCAUCAGGACUGUCAGGGUGCUCCGCCCACUACGAGCCAUCAACAGAGUACCCAGUAUGCGUAUCCUGGUGACUCUGCUCCUAGACACUCUCCCCAUGCUGGGGAACGUUCUGGCACUCUGUUUCUUUGUCUUCUUCAUCUUCGGCAUCGUGGGCGUGCAGCUGUGGGCGGGGCUACUGAGGAACAGGUGCUUCAUGGGAGAAGACUUCACAACGAUAUACAACGUCUCCUUCCUGACUGUGUACUAUCGUCCCGAGGAGACGGAGGACAUCCCUUUUAUCUGCUCAACCAAUCGGGAGAACGGAAUGCUGCGGUGUUCCGACGUUCCGCGCCGCCGUGUGGACGGGUCCUGGUGCAUGCUGGGGGCAGAAGGGGUAGGGGAGGGGCCUGGGGCAGAUGGACCAAUAGGAGGCGGGUGUGUGAACUGGUACCAGUAUUAUAAUGUCUGUCGGGCUGGGGAGCGAAACCCUCAUAAAGGAGCCAUCAACUUUGACAACAUCGGAUACGCCUGGAUCGCUAUCUUUCAGGUGAUAACUCUGGAAGGCUGGGUGGACAUCAUGUACUAUGUAAUGGAUGCUCACUCCUUCUACAACUUCAUCUACUUUAUAUUCCUCAUCAUCGUGGGCUCGUUCUUCAUGCUGAACCUGUGCCUGGUCGUCAUAGCGACCCAGUUCUCAGAGACGAAGCAGCGCGAGAACGCCCUGAUGAGGUCGGAGCAGCGCGCCCGUUACCUCAGCAACGCCUCCACUCUGGCUUCCUAUCAGGAGCCGGGGUCCUGCUACGAGGAGAUACUGCGCUACAUCGGACACCUGUACCGUAAACUGACCCGCAGAGUCGCCCGGGCCGUCACACACUGCUCUACACACACACCUCGCUGUACAUGUUGGACACACGCACACCAACACACACCCAAAAGAGAGGUGAACGGAAUGGCCAAUCGGCACUCGGGACAUGGCGUCUUCCACCUUCGUCCUCCUCCUCUUCCUCGUCCGCCUAACUGCGUGGGGGUGGAGAUGAGUAACGGGGGAGUAGGGAGGAAGUUCAACUACCCCUCUAUCUACCCCCACGACCUCUACGACCUGACCCCCGACCCCAGCUACAUGACCUCCAAGGGGAGGGGCCACACCGUCACACUGGUGUUAGAGCCCAAUAAGAAGGCAGAGCACAGGGAGGUGUUGCCGUGCCCCUACUGCGUCCACGACGACCAGCUUUGUGACAACGACCAUGCCGAUUUUGAACCUAGCAACCGGCGCCAUGGCAACCUGAGCCCUCGCCGCGGUAACAGCCUUCGGCGUGUCGAUGGACAGGCCUUGAGGCCGAUCAGGGACCUAGUUGGGUGGUGGGCGGAGCUACAGGCCAGGUUGGAGCAUGUGGUGAGCAGUAGAUACUUCAACAGAGGGAUCAUGAUCUCCAUCCUCAUCAACACUCUCAGUAUGGGGAUAGAGUUCCACCAACAGCCCCAGGAGCUGACGGACAUCCUAGAGAUCAGUAAUCUAGUGUUCACCAGUCUCUUCAGUCUGGAGAUGCUGCUGAAGCUGCUGGCCUUCGGACUCUUCGGCUAUAUCAAGAACCCGUACAACGGCUUUGACAGCGUCAUCGUCAUCAUCAGUGUAUGGGAGAUCGUUGGGCAGGCGGACGGCGGUCUGUCAGUCCUGCGUACGUUCCGUCUGCUGCGGGUCCUAAAGCUGGUCAGGUUCCUGCCCGCCCUGCGCAGACAGCUGGUGGUUCUGAUGAAGACUAUGGACAACGUAGCCACCUUCUGCAUGCUGCUCAUGCUCUUCAUCUUCAUAUUCAGUAUCCUAGGCAUGCAUCUGUUUGGCUGUAAGUUUGGUCUGAAGCUGGACAGUGGAGACACGCUACCUGACAGGAAGAACUUUGACUCGCUGCUCUGGGCUAUCGUCACUGUGUUCCAGAUCCUGACUCAGGAGGACUGGAAUCUGGUCCUGUAUAACUGGGUGAUGCUAACAGGUCAUGGUGAUAUUGGUGGUGGUGAUGAUGAUGAUGGUAUCUUCAUCAGGGUGAUGCUAACAGGUCAUGGUGAUGAUGAUGGUGGUGAUGAUGAUAUCUUCAUCAGGGUGAUGCUAACAGGUCAUGGUGAUGAUGAUGGUGGUGAUGAUGAUAUCUUCAUCAGGGGUGAUGCUAACAGGUCAGAGUCCGACGAUGAGAAACUGUCGACCUUAGAAGAGGAGGAGAAGAUGAAGGAGCUGUAUUCAGCAGAGUUGAAGCUCCAGGCGAUGAUGUUGACUCCAAAUGGCCUUCUGAAUCCCCGAGCCUCCAUGCCCCUCCCACCCACACAGUCACCGUGGCAACAACCGCCGCCACCAUCCCCACGGCAACGCCCGCCACUCAUCCUGCACACAUUGGCCACGCCCACAACUUGCGACAGCCAAUCACGACGGGGCAGCGCCGUCUCUACGGACACAAGCAACACCCUGGACCCCAGGUCGCCGUCUCCAUGGGACAGCCGGCGCGCCAGCUGGUCUUCUAUUGGCCGAGGUCCCAGCCUACAGCAGCGGAGGAGCCAAUCUAGUGAGAGAGAUUCUCUGCUGUCAGAAGGGGCGGGGUCAGAAUGGUCCAAUCCCAGCUGGGGGUGGAGCAGGGAGGAGUCUUUCGACCUCCUGGACCAAUCAGAGUAUCUGACCGUGCCGAUGCUCCGCCCACCUGACUGUAACGGGAAGACCUUUCACCUCCCUGACGCCGGGACCCUACGUUACUAUAGCGACCACGAGGAGGAGGAGGAGGACGCUGAGGAGAGUGUAUGUUUGCGGGUGAAGCUGGUCCUGGAGCCCUAUAAGCCCCAGUGGUGUAGAGAUCAUGAGGACUGGGCUCUCUACCUGUUCUCCCCAUGUAACAGGUUUCGUCAGUGGUGUCAGAGAGUGAUAACUCACAAGAUGUUUGAUCACAUAAUCCUCCUUUUCAUCUUCCUCAACUGCAUCACCAUCGCUGAGAGACCAGACAUACAGACACACAGUACAGAGAGAGUGUUCCUCAGUGUGUCCAACCAUAUCUUCACUGUGAUCUUCAUAGCAGAGAUGACCGUUAAGGUGGUAGCCCAGGGUCUGUACUCAGGUGAAGCAGUCUAUCUGAAGAGCAGCUGGAAUGUUCUGGAUGGACUGUUGGUGUUUGUAUCUCUGCUGGACAUUCUGGUUUCCAUAGCAUCCGCCGGCGGUAACCGUAUCCUAGGAAUCCUCAGAGUGCUGCGACUCCUGCGUACCCUUUCAGGUGUGGUGAUCAGUCGAGCCCCCGGUCUGAAGCUGGUAGUAGAGACUCUGAUCACGUCUCUGAGACCCAUCGGAAACAUCGUCCUCAUCUGCUGCGGCUUCUUCAUCGUGUUUGGAAUACUGGGAGUACAGCUUUUCAAGGGUAAGUUCUUCCACUGUGAGGGGGCGGACGUGAGGAACGUGACCAAUAGGACUGACUGUCUCCGUGCCGGCUACCGGUGGACACGACGCAAAUACAAUAACCUGGGACAGGCGUUGAUGUCUCUGUUUGUCCUGUCCUCUAAAGACGGGUGGGUCAGCAUCAUGUAUGACGGACUGGACGCCGUUGGGGUAGACCAGCAGCCGGUGAGGAACCACAACCCGUGGAUGCUCCUGUUCUUCAUCUCCUUCCUCCUCAUCGUCAGUUUCUUCGUCCUCAACAUGUUCGUGGGCGUCUUCGUGGAGAACUUCCACAAGUGUCGUCAGGACCAGGAGGAAGAGGAGGCCAAGGCCCGGGAGGAGAAGAGAGCCAAGAGAGCAGAGAAGAGGAGGAGGAAGGCCCAGGAGAGGCCCUACUAUGCAGACUACUCCCCGGUGCGUCUCACCAUCCACACGUUGUGCACCAGCCACUACCUGGACCUCUUCAUCACCGUCAUCAUCGCUACCAACGUCCUCACCAUGAGCAUGGAGCACUACAACCAGCCGCAGUAUCUGGAGGAGGGGUUGAAGUAUUGUAACUACGUCUUCACUCUGGUGUUUGUUAUCGAGACGGUCCUCAAACUCAUCGCCUUCGGGCUGAGACGCUUCUUCAAGGAGAGGUGGAACCAGCUGGACCUGGCCAUCGUGUUGUUGUCCGUGAUGGGCAUCACUCUGGAGGAGAUUGACCUCAACGCGUCACUGCCCAUCAACCCCACCAUCAUACGCAUCAUGAGAGUACUGAGGAUCGCUAGAGUGUUGAAGCUUUUGAAGAUGGCAACAGGGAUGAGGGCUCUACUAGACACUGUAGUUCAGGCCCUGCCUCAG